CAUAAAAAUCUAGGAAACUGGAAAACAGUCACCACACCAUAUUCACAUUUGUACAUGUGCUCCGAUCAGAAUCCGCUAAUAUGAGUAAAGCAAGUGUAUCCAAAGGAUAAAAUAUGGCAGCUGCUGAAAGUGAAAAAGAUCAGUUUGAUGAUGAAGAUGCAGAAGAGGACACUCCAUUGGAGAAAAGAAAAAAGAUAUUUUCUAAAGAAUUACGGUGCAUGAUGUAUGGUUUUGGAGAUGACAGAAAUCCCUAUACAGAAUCUGUUGAUAUUUUAGAAGAUUUGGUCAUAGAAUUUUUAACGGAAAUGACGAAGAAAGCAAUGGAAGUAGGAAGAACUGGAAGAAUAAGUGUAGAAGACAUUAUUUUCCUGAUCAGGAAAGAUCCUAAAAAAUAUUCCAGAGUGAAGGAACUAUUAACAAUGAAUGAAGAACUAAGGAAAGCUAGAAAAGCUUUUGAUGAAAUCAAAUACGCAACAACAAAAUGAUCAUUACAAAGAAAUUUGUUGUUUCAUUCAUCAUGUUUUAUUGAUAGUUGCUAUAUCCCAUCCUUGAUAUUUAUUAUACUGUGGAUUCAUUUUUAUUCGUGGUAUACCAAUUUUCGUGGGUUUCGUGGGUCACAGCAAACCACGAAUUUAAGAAUUCAACGAAGAAUAAUCCCGAGAAAUGUGUAUGGAGUCGGAGGUUUAUUUCCGGUUAUGUUAUGCAGUUCUAGUAUAAUGUUGAUUAGCGAUAAACAUGGUAACAUAACACGUGUUUUUAUUGAAAGAAGAUGCAAGUAUUUUGAUUAAAUCAAUAAUAAAUAUAUUGAAUAUCAGUGAUAAUUUACUUUUUAAAACUGAUUAAAACUGUCCAUGGAAAAUUUGGUAAUUACCGUGUCAUAGUUUGGUUUACUGGUGAUUAAAAAUCAAUAGGAUUCAGUACGGGGAUAUUGCCCGUAGGUAAUAUUGUUUAUGACAGGAACAUUUAUUUUCACACCUUUUACUUAUAUGACUGUUUAUUUUAUCGUAAUUAGGGAAAUGAGCUUUCAAUCAUAGAGUUUUGGAUGCCUUAUAAAAUUUCGACAAGAAUUUAUAAAUUGUAAAACAAACAAAUAAUUAGUUGUCUCUGUCCAUUAUUGUAGUAGAAGUUUUCAAUGCACACUUUAACCUAGAAUGACCAAGCGAGGAUUUUGACAAUUCAAAACUUGUUCAAUGAAUUCCUUCUUUUUUUUGUGUUAUUAUUGAUCAAACCAAGGCGGUUAAGUGAUCUCCUAAAUCAAAAAGAAAUCCACGAAUUACGUUUCUGAAUUUAUUGUUUUGUUGUAAUCAGCGAUCCACGAAUUUACGUAUACCACGAAACGUCUUUUUUUCUCUAUCCACGAAAAUUGAUACCCAUGAAAAUAAAUGAAUCCACAGUAGAUAACAAUGUUACAUCUUUGACAUUAACUAUAAGACUACAAUAUUGUUUCUUCAAGAUAAACUGUUUGUGAUAGAUACCAUGGUUUCAGAUGCUUUGGAAUAUGCAUAUUUCUUCAAAAUAUUUCAUACAAAACAUGAAAGAAAAUUUUUACUUCACUUAAUGGGGUAUAAUUACAAAAUGUAUACAUGUAUUGCAUUUUUUCUAUCUAACUAUUACAUCUGUUUUACAUCAAUACAUUACAAUUUUAUUUUAGUGAAAAGUAAUGUUUAUUGAAUAUUUUGAAAUAUGUGAAAACAAUAUUAUAUUAAAUGAGAUUUUUUGAUUA